AUGUUAUAUAGCGAUACAAUUGAUAGUGGAGAAGGUUUUGGUAGGAAAAGAAGGGAGGAGAAGAGGAGAGAAAAUUACCCGGUGGAAGCAUUUUCAUUCUUACUUCGUUUUCAGGGUGACAUUGUCUGUUUGUCAUGUGUCGCCUCGCACAACCGUGAUGGUGUACUUGGUUCCGAACGAGUUUGUCUUUGUACCGAAGGAUUCGGUAAUCGAAUGUGUACACUGGAAAAUGUGUCCGACAGGGAUACUCCACCAGAUAUAGCAAUGUGUAUGCUUUACAUCGACAAUGCACUAUCGAUGAGAGCUUUACAGGAGAUGAUGUCGGCCGAUUCAGAACAUAAGUCCACUUCUGGUGCUGGCGGUCAUAAAACGUUACUUUACGGUCAUGCCGUUCAGCUAAAACACGUGCAGAGUGAAAUGUACCUUGCGUGUCUUUCAUCCUGCUCAUCCAAUGACAAAUUAGCAUUCGAUGUCGGUGUACAGGAAACGAACACAGGUGAAGCUUGUUGGUGGACGAUUCAUCCGGCUUCAAAGCAACGCUCUGAAGGCGAGAAAGUUCGAGUGGGUGAUGAUGUGAUACUGGUUAGCGUUGCUACUGAACGUUACUUGCACAUGGCACACAGUAAAGGAUAUAUGGUGAUCGCCUCUUUCCAUCAAACACUUUGGAAUAUUCAAAGUGUCAGUUCGGGAAGUGUACGUACUAGAAAUAUGGGUUACGUAUUUGGUAACGAUGUGAUGCGGCUGUUUCAUGGUAAUGACGAAUGCUUAACGAUUCCGGAAAAUUGGAGCGAACAUCCACAGCACAAAUAUCUGGGUGUGCUUGACAAUGCCGUUCAGCUUUACCAUAAAGACAAAGCGGAUUUUGAUCUCACUGCUUUUGUGAUGUGUCAGAAUAAGGAUCCUAGAAAACAAAUUUUGGACGAAAAAGAGGAUGAAGGUAUGGGAACCGCAACAAUACAGUAUGGAGAGACGAAUGCCUUUAUUCAGCAUGUCAAAACACAACUCUGGAUGUCUUACCAGACCUCUGAAGUGACAAAAAAGGGCCUAGGAAAGGUAGAAGAAAAAAAAGCAGUGGCGUUGAAAGAUGGGCAUAUGGACGACUGUUAUACAUUUUUCAUGGCUCUUGAAGAAGAAUCGAAAUCGGCUCGGGUUAUUCGGAAAUCUGGUCACGUGAACAUACUUGAGAUGCCUAUUAAUUUCAGAGGCAUCGAGGCCUUACAAAAUGAAGGUAGUCAGUCUACUGAUUGGGGACGAGUUGAUUUGAACGAAGUGUUGAAGUUGAUGGAGGAUCUUAUCGAAUAUUUCUCACAACCUGCCGAUGACCAAGAUUUCGAGGAGAAACAGAAUAGAUUCCGAGCACUGCGUUCUAGACAGGACCUAUUCCAAGAAGAAGGUGUACUGAACAUGAUCUUGGACACGAUCGAUAAAUUCUCCCAAAUGGAAGCGCUGCCGGACUUUGCCGGUAUCAUCGGCGAAGAUACACAUAUGAUGUGGGAGGAGAUCGCCACCUAUUUGUAUCUACUGGUGGCAGCAAUGAUCAAAGGAAAUCACUACAACUGUGCUCAAUUCGCUGCUGCUCAACGUCUUGACUGGUUGUUCGGGCGACUUAGUAAUCCACAAUCGGCUGAAGGAAUUCUGGACGUCUUAUAUUGCGUGCUUACUGAAUCACCAGAAGCUCUCAACAUGAUCAACGAAUGUCAUAUUCGCUCGGUCAUAUCGCUUCUUGAAAAAGUUGGAAGAGAUCCUAAGGUUCUUGACGUAUUGUCAUCACUUUGUGAAGGAAACGGUAUGGCGGUUAGGAGUAGUCAGAAUCUUAUCACUGAAUAUUUGCUGCCCGGAAAGGAUCUACUGUUACAGACAGCGAUGAGAGAUCAUGUGAGCAGUAUGAUGCCAAACGUACUCGUUGGUGUGGUUGAAGCGUCAGCGUUGUUCAGACGAUGGUAUUUCGAAGCCGAAGUUGAACAUAUCGAGCAAAUGACCAAAGAGGCACCGUAUCUCCGCGUUGGAUGGGCAAACAGCAGCGGUUUCAAGCCAUUUCCGGGAUCUGGUGAUAGAUGGGGAUGUAAUGGUGUCGGUGACGAUUUCUACUCGUACGGUUUCGAUGGACGUUGUGUAUACUUCGCCGGUAGAGGACGAGUUGUCUCUCCCAGAUUACUCGAAAAAGGCGACGUUGUGGGAUGUUCUUUGGAUUUAACUGUACCGGAGAUCAGGUUUUCUGUGAAUGGACGUGAUGUUGGUGCAAGUUAUAAAGAUUUCAAUGUUGACGGUUAUUUCUUUCCCGUGAUGUCUCUGAGUGCAAAAGUCAGCUGUCGGUUUAUUUUUGGUGGCGAUCAAGGACGUUUACGUUUUGGUCCACCACCUAGAUUCUCAGCUACUGUAGAGGCCGUUAGUGGAGAGCUACAGAUAACGGAUUGUUUAUCAUUUGGAGAGCUGCCAAAGAAUGUUUACUGCGGUCCGCACACACUGUUCACAAGUACAGAACCGUUUGUACCGCAGGCAGUAGAUAUAAGUGAUACGAUUUUACCCCACCUUAUUGACGACAUUCAUCCAAGAUUUGCUGAAAAUCUGCACGAAUUGUGGGCAAUGCGUAAAAUCGAACUUGGAUGGAGCUAUGGUGAAACUCGUUCGGAAACUCUGCGAAAACACCCGUGUCUAACAUCGUUUGAUCGUUUACCGACCACCGAGAAACAGUACAACAUCAAUUUAGCACUUGACACCCUGAAGACGAUCGAAGCGCUCGGUUAUCAUCUGAUAACCGAUGAACCGCCCACAAGACUUCGACCUGUAAGACUGGCGCAAAAUUUCCAACAAUCAAAUGGUUAUCGUCCACAACCAUUGGAUACACAUGAGAUCACACUCCCGGAUGAAUUGAAUCCAUUAGUUGAAGCGUUGGCAAAAAAUACGCACAAUGUAUGGGCUAGAGAGAAAAUCAAAAGAGGAUGGACAUUCGGGCUUAGUGAGUUUGUGGAUUCAACACAAAAACGAUCGCCACAUCUUGUUCCGUAUGAGGAAGUGGAUAAUAGAAUAAAAGAAGCGAAUAGGGAAUCGGCUGCCGAGAAUCUUCGAGCAUUGCAGCUGUUCGGCGUGUUCAUUGAAGCGCCAGCACAUGAACAUGAUGAGAUGGCUGAGAAGGAAAUGCGAGCUCGCAGAGACCAUACAAGAACCUACCGAGCUGAGGCCACUUAUGCUGUAACCGGCGGCAAAUGGUACUUUGAGUUUGAAAUUUUGACGGCUGGAUUGAUGCGAAUAGGUUGGAUGGAUGUUGGGGCAUCACCAGCUGUACAGCUUGGACAUGAUGAUCGAGGAUACGCAUUUGAUGGGGGUGGUACGAGUAAUUUCAGCUAUUUGGGUCGAAAAUGGCAUCAAGGUGCUGAGGUCUACGGAAGAGAAUGGAAGAUUGGUGAUGUUGUCGGAUGUUUUUUGGAUCUGAACGACCGGACCAUUAGUUUCUCCCUUAAUGGAGAAUUAUUGUUGGAUCCAUCCGGUUCUGAGAUGGCUUUCGAUAACGUUUCGUGUGGCGAUGGUUUAGUACCGGCGAUGUCGUUAGGAAGUGGACAGAAAGGUCGACUCAAUUUCGGUCAGCAAAGUAAUUCGUUGAAGUUUUUCACCACCUGCGGUCUCCAAGAAGGAUACGAACCAUUUUGUGUAAAUAUGUAUCGAGCGAUGCCGAUGUGGUUUGCUAAACAACUUGCUCGUUUCGAGGACAUCAGCGCCGGUUCGUUAUUGGAAAUAUCCAGAAUCCCUGCCACUGGAAACAGUCCACCGUGCCUGAAACUGACUCAGAAGGUUGGUUGUUCGAAAAUGAAAACUUUUAGGGAUAAGGAUGCCAUACGAAAAUUGUUGACCGAGUUCAAGCCCAGAAAUCAGUCUGUGGUGUCCCAAAUCCGAGCACCUACUAUACCUCAAGAGUUCCAGGAUACUAAGGAGCGAAAAAAGCAGCCACUUAGUGCUCUACUUGGCGUGAAAAGUUCACGGGAAUCUGAUGAAGUCACUUCGAAUCGGUCAAAGCAGCCCUCAUAUGAUGGUGAUCAUGACAACGAACAACUAGCAUUGAGGGGAUCACUGAACGAUUUCUCACAAGAGGAUCGACAUAACGCUGAAGAACAUCUGAAAGAGAUAGCCGAUCGUGAAAAACCACCAAAAAAAGGUGGCGGACUGUUGAGUCGGCUCCGUGACUCCAGCGGAUCGCGCAGGAAGGAUGGUAAAGGAAAAGACGAAAAGUCAACUCGUCUAGUUGGUCCGAAGACGAAAUGGCGAUCGGUUGACACGAGCUCUGUCGAUGCUUCAGAUAGUAUACCAACCGGACAAAAAGACGUUCUAGCUGCUAACGAUAUGCCAUCAUCUGGUCCUGGGCGGCAACUAACAGUACGAAGAUCGUCAAUGAAGAAGAAGAAGAAGAAGGAACCAGUCGUGUCAAUGGAAAAACGCGGUUCACAAGUUCCGAUCGACAUUACGCCAGACGCACAACAUGAACUCGAUAUAGAUGCUAUGGCGCAACAUGGUGAUAAGGUAGACGAAUACUACUAUGGCAUACGGAUUUUUCCCGGUCAGGAUCCUAGCCAAGUAUGGGUGGGAUGGGUAACUACACAGUACCAUUUCUACUCGCCGUCAUUUGAGAAGGAAAACGUCGAACGGAGAUGCGUAUUUGUCGAAGGCAAUCAGCAAAGAAACACUGAAAAGUCAGUGUUUCUUGAAUUACCCAUCCAUUAUUUAUUACAUUUGAUCAUUGUCGAAUAUCGAAACAGUUAUAUGAUGAACGCUGCUGAAUUACUGUCACAUGUUCCAGAUGCCACGAACACCAAGGUUUCUGGCACCCUAAUCGGAUGCAUCGUGGAUACAUCAGUCGGAGAACUUUCCUUCCAAGCUGCUGGUCAGGAUACUGGUGUAAAAUUCAAGUUGGAACCAGGGGCGAUGUUGUUUCCUGCAGCAUUCUUUACGCCGACCACUACGGAAAUUCUUCAGUUUGAACUGGGAAGAAUUAAGUACACAUAUCCAAUCUCGGCAGCGAUGUUCAAAUCGUGUGAGAAGUCACUGGUGUCGUUCUGUCCUCCAAGGCUCACUGUUCAAUGCAUUGAACCGGUCUAUUGGGCACGAGUACCCAAUGAAAGUCUUCGCACGACAGCAUUAAAGCUCAGUGAUAUUCGUGGAUGGUCAGUUUUGUGUGAUGAUCCAGUGCGUAUUAUGACUAUCUAUGUACCCGAAAAAGACGAAUCGUUCGAUAUUCUGGAAAUGAUAGAGAAACCGAUUUUUCUCGAUUUCCAUCGUCAAACGCUCAACCUCUACUGUAAAUUGGCAAGUCAUGGUAAUCAGAAGGUUGCACAUAUUCUGUGCCGUCAUGUGGAUGAGGAUCAGAUUAUGUAUGCUGUAAAAAGUCAUUACCUGUCCGGCCCGAUGCGUCAAGGAUACCACGACCUGUUGAUCGCGAUUCAUCUACAAACUCACGCAAGUGCAAGACAGUCGAUGAGCAAGGAAUACGUGAUUCCGUUGUGUGAUCAACUUCGGAAUCAGAAUGUAUUCGAUCCAGAUAGCGAAAAUAGAUAUCCACAGAUCAUGGGUGAGACUUAUUCGAUGUUACCCGUGAUGGUUGCUGAACCGGUACGAACAAAUUUUACGCAAGAAGAGGAGAUGAAGUUACUGCCACCAGCCGUUAAUUUCGAUGCUCUAAAGGCGCAUGUGAUGAACGCAAUGGAGAGCGCGACACGACAUGCAGUGAUGAACUGUCGCGAUCUCAUCGGCGGAAACAAUAGAAAUCAUUUCGAGCCUCUUCUGAAAUUGUUCGACUCACUACUAGUUAUCGGUCUUUUCGAAGACUCAGAAUUGGAAGCGAUUUUAAAUUUGAUCCAUCCAUCUGCGUUUAGUCCUGUUUACGUACCUGCUUCUGCUCAAAAAAGUCUCACUGAAAUCGAACUAGACGAGCACGUGAAAAUUCAAAUCGUCAACAUCAUUGACCACCUUUGUGAUAUUCAGCUACGUCAUCGUAUAGAGUCACUGAUUGGUUUUACGGAUGGCUUUGUUGGUGAACUGCAACACGAUCAGUGUAAACGGGAUUUCUGUGCAAUGCUGGUGGCCAAAGUUGGUAACGAAGGUGAUUACGAUGAUGAGGAAUCUCAGAAUCUCAUCAAAGCAGAAGAAGGAUCAUGGGUUGACGCUCUCGCUCGACUAGUUGUAGCUGUUCCACCUCCACCACCAUCUAAUGACAAGGAGCUCAAUAUGAAGAAAGGCACUAGAAAUUUCCGUGACAUGAUUGUCAAUAUGCUUCGCGAAUGGGCCUUAGGUGAUUUUAUCGAAAGUAACGAAUUGAUUCGAAAGAUGUUUAAUCUGCUUCUGAGGCAGUAUUCCGGUGUUAGAGAGCUGCAAGACGCUAUGGCUCAAACCUAUGUUCUACACGAGCGGAAUAACGAGGAUGUGCAGGACUUUAUCGUCUAUCUGAUUCAGAUUCGUGAACUACUCACUGUUCAGUUUGAACACAUAGAGGAGGCAAUACUCAAACGUGGACUUUGGAAGCUCAUGAAUAAUCGCAUUUUCUUCCAACAUCCAGAUUUAAUGCGAUUAUUAUCAGUACAUGAGAAUGUGAUGACAAUCAUGAUGAACAUUCUAACCGCUCAACAGGGUGCAGUUGAACAUGAGGGAGAAGAGGUGAAAGAGAAGAUCCCAGUCAAGGACUCGUCCGAAAUGGUGGUGGCUUGUUCACGUUUUCUUUGCUAUUUUUGUCGUACAUCACGACAAAAUCAGAAGGCGAUGUUCGAGCAUCUCUCGUUUCUACUUGAUAACGCAACAAUGCUUCUGGCACGACCCAGCUUACGUGGAUCCGUUCCUCUUGAUGUUGCCUAUUCAUCGUUUAUGGAUAACAAUGAGUUAGCUCUAGCACUCAAGGAAGAAGAACUAGACAAGGUGACUGUAUAUCUGUCGAGAUGUGGCCUUCAACCAAAUUCUGAGAUGAUUUCUAAAGGAUAUCCAGACAUCGGAUGGGAUCCAGUUGAAGGGGAAAGAUAUAUCGAUUUUCUUCGUUUUUGUGUGUGGAUAAAUGGUGAGAACGUGGAGGAAAAUGCAAAUCUUGUGAUCCGUUUAUUGAUUCGACGUCCAGAAUGUUUGGGAAUCGCCCUUAAAGGAGAAGGUCAGGGAUUGUUCGCAGCAUUUAAGGCGAGUGAUUUUUUCCUUGUUCCUCCCUAUAAUGAGGAAACGGCGAACAAUAAGGACUUAGUGGAAGCUAUUGCGUUAUCAGAGGAUAUUCGAACGCUUGAAGAAGACGUAACCGGCUCUCCAUCAUUGAGAAGUGGUUUGCUCGGAGAGACACCAUCUUAUCCUUCUAAAGAAGCUGAGAGUGAAGAUUACUUGGAUUUGGGAGCAGCUACGCUCGAUUUCUAUUCGUCGUUGGUUGACCUUCUUGCUAAGUGUGCGCCGGAUCACAUGGCUAUACAAGCCGGCAAAGGUGAUUCUCUUCGAGCUCGUGCCAUUCUGCGCUCGCUGAUCUCCUUGGAUGAUUUAGGACAAAUUCUUAGCCUCAGAUUUACCAUACCGAAUCUCACAUUGGCGACCACGGAUGAUAAUGGUCCGCUACCAGGUCUUUUGCCAAACCAUAAGGGUUCCGUUCUUUUGUUUCUUGAUCGAGUGUACGGUAUUGAUUCGCAGGACAUGCUUUUCCAUUUUCUUGAGCAAAGUUUCCUGCCGGAUCUACGAGCGGCUACCAUGAUGGAUUCGCCACGAGCUCUAGAAUCAGACACAGCUCUAGCUUUGAACCGAUAUCUCUGUAAUGCUGUACUACCACUUCUAACCAGUCAUUCGCAUUUCUUCGCUGAUGCCGAACAUCACACGGCACUGUUGGACGCGACGGUACACACAGUAUACCGUAUGAAUAGACUAAAAUCACUGACAAAGAAUCAACGUGAAGCUGUAUCCGAUUUUCUAGUGGCGAUCACUAGAGAACUUCCGCCAGGAAUGAUGAUUAAACUUCUUAGGAAGGUUAUAGCGGACGUACAGCAGAUGAGUGAUAUGAAUGUGCUGGUUCCACUACGGCUUAUGACAUUACACUAUGAACGCUGUGGCAAAUAUUACGGUAGCGGUAAUCAAUACGGUGUAGCUACAGAAGUCGAGAAACGACUCUCAAUGCUGCUUUUCUAUGCGAUUUUCGACUCGCUCGGAAGCCGACCGUAUGAUCCAGAUUUGUUUGGGAAGGCAUUACCAUGUAUGACAGCGAUUGGAUCAGCUAUUUCACCAGAUUACACACUUACCACUAGUGGAGAGGAUGCACCAAAAUUGAAGGAACAGUUAGACGACGGCGCAUGGGUCCCGAAGCAAGUUGAAGUAUCAUGCAAUGACUUGCCAAGAGAUCUUCAAACGAUGACGGAAAAGUUCGCAGAACAUUUCCAUGAUUCGUGGGCAAGCAGAAAGUUAGAAAAGGGUUGGGUUUAUGGAGACCUGUACUCGCGGCAAAAUUCCACCCAUCCACGCUUGAAGCCAUUCAGUCUACUGAGGGAUUUCGAAAAGAACUUUUAUAAGGAACGAUGCGCUGAGUGCUUAAGGGCGCUCCACGAUUGGGGCUAUACUUUUGAGCUAAAAGAUCGAGACGCUGCCGAACGAGCCGCCAAUGCUCACACACCGUCCGGCACCUCUGUCCAAAAUUUUGCUCCAAAACCCGUAGAUCUAACAAGUAUGACGCUGGAAAAGGAUAUGGUGGCGGCUGGUGAGAAAAUGGCCGAGCGGUCACACCUGAUAUGGGCUUCGAAGGUGUGGAACGAUUUGAAUACAAAGGGAGGUUUCAUGCCGACUUCGUUAGUUCCGUGGGAUUUGCUAACAGAUUUUGAACGACGAAAAGAUCGUUUUCGAGCCAAUGAGAUCUUGAAAUUUCUGCAAUAUCACGGAUAUCAUGUGGAAAGUAACGAAGACCUUUGUAAUACAAUGAAUUGCAGUCCGAAGACCGAGUCGAAUUUGGAAAGAGGUAAAAACGAGGGUGAGCGAUCAUCAGUAGAGAAGAGAUUUGCAUAUAAUCUUCUGGAGAAGCUUAUUCAAUAUCUGGAACAGGCCAGUCUGAAAAUGAAAUCGGUGAAACCAAGUCAGGAACUCACACGUCGCAGCACCUUCAGGAAAGAAGGACAAGAUGUGAAAUUUUUUGAGAAAGUGGUGCUUCCGUUAAUGCACGCGUAUUUUAACGCUCACAAGAAUUAUUUCCUUGAAGGAUCCAGUAUGGUUCAAACUGGUACCGCCAGUAACAAGGAAAAAGAGAUGGUUGCCAAUCUGUUUUGUCGAUUGGCAGCCCUUCUUCGUAUCAAGAAUCGUGCAUUUGGAAGUGUAGCGAAGAUUACGGUGAAGUGUCUUCAAGGUCUCACUCAAGCAUUGGAUUUAAGGACACUUGUAAAAACGAAUUCGGACAUUGUACGAACUUCACUGUUGACAUUUUUCAAUAACUGUGCAGAUGACCUGUUUGCUGCUGUGAAAGAGCUCAAGGCAAGACUAAAGAUGGAACCGCUUUUCGAUAAUGGCCAAUAUUCACUGCUUCGUGGACAGAAUUUGAAAUCGUGGAUAUCGUUGGAAUUCGCUCAUCAGAUGAUUGUGCCGGUGUUGACCUCCAUGUUCACACAUUUAGCCCGAAAUCAUUUUGGAACGGAUCUUUUACUGGACGACAUUCAAGCGGCAUGUUAUAAAAUUCUCAACUCUCUCUACAUGGUAACCGGAUUGUCAGCUACAGCUGCGCAACGGAAAAGCAUCGGAUACGAAACAGAGAAGUAUGCUUGGUUCAUAUUCUGCGUAUUCGUUGUUAGUGUUCUUAAACAUCGUCCUGGGCUCGGUCAAUGUCUAUCGGCGUUCGCAUCGUGCUUUCCGGUAGCAUUUCUUGAGUCGGAAUAUAAUAAGAACAACAAGUACUCAGUGUUAGCGAAGACACAGGAUCAAUCUGUGCAAGUUCAAGAAAUGCUCCAGAACCUUAACACUCAUAUUCCGCAUAUCGAAAAACUUCUCACGGAUAUCGAAACGGUGUCAACAACCGGUGUUAUGUACAACGACAAUCCGAAUAUCUACGAUGUCGAUUUACCGUUAUUGUGCUCAUAUUUGGCAUAUUGGUUUAAUCAAGGACCAGAUGGGCGUAAAUCGGAGAAGCUAGAGGAACACCGACAUUCACUGCAGAUGACUGCUGUGAGUGCUGAACAUAUCAAUCGGAUUUUCUGCGCAUUAUUACGAAUGCUUCGAAAUCACAUCGGCGUAGAGAGUGCACCUUGGCUUUGUCGUACAACAUUUUUCGCCGUGCAAAUCAUUCAGAACGUCACAUGUGAUCCAGUGAAAGAUCAUAUUCUUCCAAUUGCUGAACGACUAAGAAGAAUGAGUGAGAAAGCCUUCCGUGAAGAGGAACACAUGCGAACGCAUCCGGACGACGCCGAUGAAGGCACUGUAGCUGAGGACAAUGCUCGUCUUGUUCGUGACACAUACGCAUAUUUUCCGAUUCUUAUGAAAUACACUGAUUUGCACCGUGCGCAAUGGCUUAAGACCCCAUCGUGGGAAACCGAUGGCGUAUAUGAGAACGUGGCAGUGAUAUUUCGUAUUUGGAGUCAAAGCCAGCACUUCAAGCGUGAAGAGCUGAAUUAUAUUGCACAAUUCGAAGAGGAUGCGGCGAUGUUUGGUGGUGGUGAAAUGAAAACGGGUAAAGCAGCCAUCGCAGAACGUAAAAAGAAACGACGUGAAGGACAAGUGAAAAAAGACAAGCACGCGAAUAGCAUAGUCAUCGCAUGUUUGAAGCGACUGCUUCCGGUUGGACUAAAUGUGUUUGGUGGAAGGCUCGUUGAUAAUUUUUUUCCAUUCUUAGAGCUGGAUAUCGUUCAACAGUCAAAGGAAAGAUUUUUACAAAAAGAACCAGAGGAUAAAGUACGCGAGUUCAUCAAAGGUCUGCUCGAUGUUCAGGUUAAGACCGAUCCAACUGAUAAGAAUGCAUGGCAGUUGUCACUGUAUCGAAAAAUCGGUAAAAGUCAGAUGAGAGGCAAAAAUGAGAUGACCCAGGACGCGGUUAUCGAAAAGAUUUUCAACAUGGGACAAGUUUCUGCUAUACUCCAUACGGUGAGAACGGAGCAUCCACAACAACAACUUACACAAGCCUGGAAAAAAGUCGUCUCAACUCAACGAAAGCGUGCAGUAGUUGCGUGCUUCCGUAUGGUACCGCUCUAUGGGAUUCCAAGGCAUCGUGGAAUCAACUUCUUUUUGCCGGCAUUUUCUCGUCUCUGGCUAGAGGAAGAAGACGUUGGCCAAGAUAAACUCAUUACUGAUUUGGUGAGUGGUGUCGUCACAGAAGACAGUACUCGUUUAGAAGUUGUUGUAGAGGACGGUGUACCCGUCCAGGAGGAAAGUCGCGAAAGCGAUUAUAUCCGUUUCGCCGAUGUUAUGUCGAAAUCGAUUCACAUUGAGGAAGAAGAUGGAGACGAUGGUGAUGAUGAGGUCGAUCAAGCGCAAAAGGAAGAGCAGUCGCAAGCUCUACGAGCCGAACAAGGUGUGCUGGCGGAUAGAGGUGCUGCCAUCAUGUGCUUAAUGUACCUUUCCGCCAGUAAUGGUGAACCGAACGACAUGGUAGCACGAACACUCGAACUUGGAAUUCAUUUACUGUCCGGAGGCAACGUUGACAUUCAACGGAUGUUGAUCGAAUAUCUUCAACUGAAGAAAGAUGUGCGAUUCUUUACGUCGAUGGCAGGUCUCAUGAACAAGUGCUCAGUGUUGAAUCUGGAGAUGUUCGAACGUCAAAUUAAGGCUGAAGGUUUGGGCAUGGGAGCGGAUCUGGCUGCUGGAGCCAAUCAAAAUCUGAAUGAUGCAGAGUUCACAUGUUCAUUGUUCCGUUUCUUGCAGCUUACUUGUGAAGGACAUAAUCUUGAUUUUCAAAAUUAUCUUCGUACACAAUCUGGUCACACUACAAGUGUUAACCUUAUCAACUGCACGGUUGACUAUCUGUUGAGACUUCAAGAGUCUGUAAUGGAUUUCUACUGGCAUUAUUCGAGCAAGGAGGUGAUAGACGAAGGAGGAAAGGAAUACUUUCUUCGAGCGAUACAAGUAUGCAGUCAAGUGUUCAAUACGUUGACGGAAAGUAUCCAGGGUCCAUGCGUCGGUAACCAGAUGACAUUGGCAAAUUCACGUCUGUGGGAUGCCAUCAACGGUUUCUUCUUCUUGUUCGCUCACAUGAUGGAGAAGCUUUAUAGGAAUUCCACACAACUUGAAUUGCUUCGUGAAUUUCUUAACCUUCAGAAGGAUAUGAUCGUCCUGAUGCUUUCAAUGCUUGAAGGAAACGUUCUUAAUGGACCGAUCGGAAAGCAAAUGGUGGACGCACUGGUAGAAUCACAACCGUCCGUUGAGAAAAUUAUCAAAUUUUCUGACAUGUUCCUGAAGCUGAAGGAUCUUACGACUUCACAGGCAUUCUUGGACUUCGAUACAAAUCGAGACGGAUGGAUAAGUCCAAAAGAAUUUCAACGUGCCAUGGAAAGUCAGAAAAUGUACACAGUUGAAGAUAUAACAUAUCUAAUGAUGUGCACGGAUGUGAACAAUGAUGGUAAAGUGGACUAUAUGGAAUUUACUGAACGAUUCCAUAAUCCGGCCAGAGAUAUCGGAUUUAAUCUAGCCGUACUUCUCACAAAUCUCAAGGAACAUAUUACUAACGACCCUCGGUUGGAGAAAAUUAUCGAAAAGGCUCAGACCCUACUUGAAUACUUCGAUCCAUUCCUUGGAAGGAUUGAAAUCAUGGGAUCUAGCAAACGAGUCGAGAAAAUCUACUUUGAAAUCCAGGAAUCGUGGCUAGAGCAAUGGGGAAAACAACAAAUCCGUGACUCCAAGAACUCGUUCCUAUUCAAUGUAUUGCAAGAUGACGGCGGUGAUCAAGGAAAACUAGAAGCGUUCAUCAAUUUUUGCGAGGAUACGAUCUUCGAAAUGCAACAUGCGGCUGAAAUCUCCUCGGGAGAUAGUGACUCGAAAAUGGAACGUGCCUUAAAGCAAAGGGACUACUUUCUACAGCAAAGUAGUGCUGGAGAGUAA